ACAGCUCGCAGCCGGGUUUCAAAGAAACGAUUUGGCGGCCAUUGAUGAAGUCGUCUGCUAUCUUCUUCAUCCUCUUGCUCCUUUUAGUUGGAGGUUUUGUCUCCACCUACGUGCUCAAUACUCCUAUUCUGACUAGAUCAACUCUGGGACCAAUUCUAACAACCAAAAUUACAUCCCAAAAAUGCCCUCAACAAAAAACCAAAAUCCCCAAAAACUCCACACAAGAUAUGGAAAUCCCACUCAAUUGCACUGAGUACGUACACACACGAACCUGCCCCUCCAACAACAAACCUGACCACAUUUCAGAACAAGAUGCUAACUGCGUCUCAUCAGAGCCGUCAACGUGUCCGGAAUAUUUCAGAUGGAUCUAUGAAGAUCUGAGCCCAUGGUCCCACACAGGGAUAUCAAAGGAUAUGAUAGAAAAAGCCAGAGCAAGGUCCCACUUUAAAUUGGUGAUAGUGGAUGGGAAGGCUUACGUGGAGAGAUAUGAUAGGUCAUAUCAGACGAGGGAUUUAUUCACAUGGUGGGGGGUUGUACAGUUACUACGGAGGUACCCAGGAAAAGUGCCUGAUCUGGAGCUUGUGUUUAAUUGCCAUGAUCAGCCUUUGUUUAGUUAUGUCCACGCCAAUGCCACAGACCCCGGUUUGUUGUUUGGUUACUGUGGUGACGAUAACACAGUUGAUAUUGCCUUCCCGGAUUGGUCCUUUUGGGGAUGGCCUGAGGUUAACAUAAAGCCAUGGGAGCAUUUGGUGAAGGACUUAGAAGAAGGAAACAAGAAGAUGGGAUGGGUGGAUAUCCGUGACAAUAGGGAACCCUAUGCUUAUUGGAAGGGAAACCCAGGUGUCGCUUGGACAAGGAGGGACUUGAUGAAAUGUAAUCCUACAGACAAACAGGACUGGAAUGCUCGCUUGUUUGUCCAGGAUUGGCAUCGAGAGACCAAGGAAGGGUUCAAGAAUUCAGAUUUAGCAAGCCAGUGCACCCAUAGAUUUAAGAUCUACAUUGAAGGGAACGCUUGGUCUGUGAGCGAAAAAUACAUUCUUUCAUGUGAUUCUCUUACUUUAUUAGUAAAUCCGAGAUAUUAUGAUUUCUUUAGCCGAGGUUUGAAGCCAAUGCAGCAUUACUGGCCCAUAAAGGACAAUGAUAAGUGCAGAUCCAUUAAGCAUGCUGUCGACUGGGGCAACAUCCACCAAAAACAGGCACAAGACAUUGGCAAGGCAGCAGUAGAGUUCAUCAAGGAAGAGCUAAAGAUGGACAAUGUGUAUGACUAUAUGUUUCAUCUGUUAAAUGAAUAUGCAAAGCUAUUAAAAUUCAAGCCUACAAUCCCUCAAAAUGCUACAGAACUUUGUUUGGAGUCAAUGUUUUGUCCAGCAAAGGACUUAGAAAAAAAGUAUAUGAGGGAUUCCAUGGUAAAGUAUCCAUCUAACGCUAACCCAUGCACCAUGCCUCCUCCUUUUAAUCCUUCAUCUCUUUUUUCAAUUCUUGAGAAAAAGGCAGAUUCACUUAAACAAGUGGACAUGUGGGAGAAAAUUUACUGGGAGAAUCAGAAUAAGCAAAGAUAGAGAUCUCUAAAGGAGUUGAUUAAUUUGUUCCGAAUUUUUUUUUUUUAAUGUAUAUUCUGAUCAUCACAAAAUGUUAUUAUAAACAUUCCAUU